AUGACGGGCCUGGACCCGAAAACCGACCAAAUCCUCCAAAUCUGCUGCUUCAUCACUGACGCCCAGCUCAACCUCCUCGACACCACGGGCUUCGAAAGCGUCGUCCACGUUUCCCAAUCCGCCCUCGACUCCAUGUCACAGUGGUGCAUCGAUACCCACGGCCGCACGGGACUCACAGCACGCGUGCAGAGUUCAACAGUUUCGCCCGAGACCGCGGCCACCGAACUCCUCGCCUACAUCAAGCGGUACAUCCCGACGGCGCGCACGGCGAUGCUAGCAGGAAAUAGUGUCCAUGCGGACAGGGCGUUCCUGGCGUGUGGACCGUACGCGGCGGUGCUGGAGUGGCUACACUAUCGGAUUGUGGAUGUCAGUACGAUUAAGGAGGUGGUCAGACGGUGGGGAGGGGAGAGCGUUUUGGUGGGCGUGCCAGAGAAAAGGCUGGUUCAUUUGGCGAGGGAGGAUAUUCUGGAGAGCAUUGAGGAGAUGAAGUACUACAAGGAAACUUUUUUUCAGUAA